AUGAACGGCAACGAUGGGCCGGUUGCUUGUGCUGCAUGCAAGCUGGUCUUCGAGCACCAGAAUGCAGCGGCACACUGCUGCAAGCAAUGCAAACUGCCGGUGCACUCGUGGGUGGCGUGCGAUAUGGUGUGGAUGCCAGAAGAAGGCGAGUACUUCUGCGGCAAGCCCUGCCUCGAGGCGUACAACGCCAGCGGCGUGCGCAGCGAGGGCGCCCUGCCGCUCCGCCAGCGGGUCGACUCGCCUGAGGAGCCCCCGGGCCAGGGCGGCGGCAAGGAGGCUGGCGGCGAGGAGGGCGGUGGCGAGGGCGGCGGCGAGAGUGGCGGCGAGGGCGGCGGCGGCGAGGGCGGCGGCGGCGAGGGCGGCGGCGAGGGCGGCGGCGCGGCUGUCGGUGCAAAGCAGCGCAAGGGAAAGAAGGCGGCGCCGCCAAACACCGCGGCGGCAACGCGCCCACGGCGCGAGAAGACGGGCGAGAAGGGACCCACCAUGCUCGACAAGUUCUUCGGCAAGCGGCCAGCUGCUGGUGCUGCUGGUGCUGCUGGUGCUGCCGGUGCUACGCCCGGGCCGCCGCCAAAGCAGCAACGCCGCAAGCCGAAGGGCCAGGGCACGCUGGUGGUGGAGCCGCAGCAGCGGCACCUGGCACGCGAGGCUGCCGCCCCCGGCGGCUCCGGUGGCGCCAAGAACAAGGUCUCCUUCCGCAAGAUGGACGCGGCGGCGAGGAAGGACUACGCACGGGUAAACAUAAAAGAGAAUGCGAAGUACGAGGAGCGCCAGGGCAUCGAGAAGCAGCGCGCGCUCGUCGGCAGCGACGCGUACCCAUGGCUCGCCGAGGACAGUCUGUACGGCUUCCACUGCCGCUUCUGCAUCAAGGUCGCCAACCAGUUCCGGCGCAACGACAAGCUCUCGACCAAGGGGUACGGGUGCAAGGACGGCGGGCCGUUGCCGAUCACCUCGACGCAGAAGCUCAAGGAGCACGGCGAGUCGAAGGAGCACAAGCACGUGGUGCAGCUCGCGAGCGCGGCGGAGGGCGGCGCGAGCCAGGCGUCCGUCACCGGCGACAUCAAGCUGUACGGCACGGUGAGCACCGAGGACGAGCGGUACUAUGUCACGAUCCGGACCGUGCAUGCGAUUGCGGUGCAGCAGCUGGGCCUCACCAAGAUGAAGGCGCUGCUCGAGCUGCAGCUCGCCAACGGCGUCGUGCUCUCGUACUCCCACGCCCACCGGGGUGGUGAGGGCGGCGGGCUCGAUGACUGGCUGCUGUGCGGCCGCAAGGUCUUUGAGCGGCGGAUGCGCGAGCGGGCGCGCAACUCGGUCUCCGCUGCCAUCUUCCCGGACGGCGUCGCCUUCGGCUCGCUCGGCGACGGCUCCAACGACCGGUCGAAUCACGAGCAGGAGGCGUCGGUGCUCCGCUUCCUCGGCCCGGACGGCUUGCCGUACAACACGCUGCACGACCUGCUCCCCCUCGACCUCACGCAGAGCGUCGACGGCCGCUCACCCGACGCCGCCUGCAUCCAUGCGGCGUACAAGAAGGGGUACGGGGAGCUUGAGGUGCACGAAGGCUUCCUCCGCUACGGCUCCUGGGCGCGCUCUAUCGUCGCGAGCAGCUGGGACGGCGCGUCCGUCAUGUCGGGCGAGAAGGGCGGCGUGGCGGCGUACAUGAAGGUGGACGCGCCGCACCACCUCUCGGUGCACGCAGUCGCCCACGUGCACCAGCUCGCACUCGGCGAGGCCUUCCAGCUGGUCGAGUACUACGCCGAGUGGCGCGACGUGCUGCAGGAGGUGUACGUCUACUACCACAAGAGCGGCAAGAAGCGCUUCACCCUCGAGCAGAUAGCGGCCGAGCUCGACACGGAGCUGCUGACGCUCAAGGGCAUCCACGGCAUCCGCUGGGCCGCCUCGCUGGAGCAGGCCAUCAAGGCGCUGCUGGAGAGCUUGCCGGCCAUUGCAGCCGACCUCGAGAGCACCGCCAAGUCGGAGGCGGGCGUCGAGCUCGGGCUUCUCUCGCCGUCCGAGGUCUUCCUGCGCAAGAAUUUUUGGCAAACCUUCGAUGCGGCGGAGGGCGGGCGCCGCACGCGCCGCUUCAAGGCGGUCGUCGACAAGAUCGUUGAGCCUCGGCCGCCCAACCCCGCCAACGACCGCUUCGUGGUCAAGUACGCCGACGGCUCGAGCCUCGAGAUGCCGAAGAGCGAGCUCGUCGACAUUCUCACGGUGGAGACCGUCAAGCUCGCCGCCGACGAGCGCUGGCAGCUCCGCUCCAAGCUCACCUCGAAGCGCUUCGUCGGCUUCUCGUGCUUCAUGCUGGACGUGUACUCGCAGCUUGCCAUCCUCUCCAAGGCGUGCCAGGGCAACUCGCUCAUCAUCUCCGACCUCGUCAAGGACGUGCGCAAGACCGUGCGCCUGCUCAAUAAGCUGCAGACGACGGCCGGCGAGAAGGAGGCCUGGUUCAAGGCCGAGUGCGACAAGGACGAGGGCGCCAACACGCUGAGCACGUGCCGGCUCCAGGUGGAGGAUGGCGACGAGGAGGCGUUCGCGGCGGACAAGAAGAACAUCCUCGAGCACCUCGUCACGCACAUCGAGUCGCGCUACUCGAAGGUGCUCGACAACCCGAUCCUGCAGCACUUCGCUGUCUUUGACCACCGGCACUGGCCGACGGAGCACGAGGCGCUGGAGGCGUUCGGCAAGGCGGAGAUCAAUGAGCUGUACAAGCACUACAAGGACUUCUUCCCGGACACGACGCUCGAAAGCCUGCUCGAUACGUGGAUCGACCUGAAGGAGGAGAUCUCGAAGAGCCCCGGCCUCAAGCAGCGGCCGUUCAAGUCCCUCUGGUCGCACAUGCUCGUCACCUUUUCGGGCGAGUACAUGUCUGUGCUCCGCCUCGUCGCCAUCAUGCUACUGAUCCCGCUCGACACGUCGGAGGCGGAGCGCAUCUUCUCCCUUAUGAACGACAUCAAGACGUCCGAGCGCUCUAGCCUCGGCCAGCGCAACCUGGCCAACCUCAUGUUUUGGCACUACCACGGGCGCAACAUGAAGGCGUGGGAGGUGCCGGUGCAGGAGAUCCUCAAGGAGUUUCAUGAGCUCGUCAAGGACAGCAAGCGCGGUCGCCAGGCCCACCCGGCCGCCGCACCCAUCAAGUAUGAGCACAAGGCGGAGGACUGCCUCUAG